AUGGAAUCUCUUGCAAGACAAUCAAAGGCCUUGUGUCCCUUUCUUCACAAGACUUCUACCUCUACCCUGAAGCGACUUUCGUCCCAGGCCACCAUCGCGUCCGUCGCUAGAGGAUGCCCAAUCAUGGGUCAUGCCAUGGAAAUCCAAGAAUCUAAGGCCCCUCACUCCAGAUCUUACUCCACUGUUCGCGAGGUCGAAAUCUCUAAGGAGUUUAUUGAAAUCCCCGUCAACAAAAAGACCGCUGGUUCUGCCACUGCUACUGCUACUGCUACUUCUGCAAACAAAACUCCAGCCUUUGAUGACAAACAAGCUCCCUUCAACUACGAAAAGCUCUACGAAUCAGAUCUUCAACGUAAGCACCAGGACAAGUCUUACCGCUACUUCAACAACAUCAACCGUCUGGCUAAAAAGUUCCCUCAUGCUCACCGUGCCACCGAGUCUGAAGAAGUAGCCGUCUGGUGUUCUAAUGACUACCUCGGCAUGGGCUCGCAUCCUGUUGUGACCGAAGCCAUGCACUCUACUAUUGACAAGUACGGCGCUGGUGCCGGUGGUACCCGCAACAUUGCUGGCCAUAACCUGCACGCUCUCAAACUUGAGGCUUCUCUUGCUGAUCUCCACCGCAAGGAAGCUGCUCUUGUGUUUACUUCCUGCUUCGUUGCCAAUGAUGCUACUCUUGCUCUUCUCGGCAAAAAGUUCCCCAACUGUGUCUACUUCUCCGACGAAAUGAACCACGCUUCCAUGAUUGAGGGUAUCCGCCACUCUGGCGCUGAAAAGGUCAUCUGGAAACACAAUGAUCUUGCCGACCUCGAGGCCAAGCUCGCAAAGUACCCCAAGUCCCAGCCCAAAAUCAUUGCCUUUGAAAGUGUCUACUCCAUGUCUGGCAACAUCUCUCCCAUUGAGGCCAUCUGUGACCUUGCCGACAAGUACGGUGCCCUGACCUUCCUUGACGAGGUCCAUGCUGUCGGCAUGUACGGCCCACGCGGUGCCGGUGUUGCCGAGCACCUCGACUUUGAGUACCACGACUCUAACUGCAACCCUGAGAAUCUUGUUUCCACAAACACUGACGGCUCUGCUCGCCGUGAUGUCAUGAGCCGUGUUGACAUGAUUACCGGUACCCUGGGCAAAGCCUUUGGCUGCAUGGGUGGCUACGUUGCCGGCUCCAAGAACUUCAUUGACUGGAUCCGUUCAUACGCUCCUGGUUUCAUCUUUACCACUUCUUUGCCUCCUGCCGUCAUGGCCGGUGCCAACGCUGCCAUUGACUACCAAAAGUCUUCUCUUAAGGAGCGUAUCCUGCAACAGGCCCACACCGCCUACGUCAAGCGUGAGCUUGGUGAGCGUGGUAUCCCCGUUGUCCCCAAUCCUUCGCAUAUUGUUCCUGUGCUUGUUGGUAAUGCAGAAAAGGCCAAGGAAGCUUCUGAUAUGCUUCUGGAAAAGUAUGGCAUUUAUGUCCAGGCCAUUAACUAUCCUACUGUGCCAAUUGGUCACGAGCGCUUGCGCAUCACCCCUACUCCAGGACACAACAAGGAGCUUUCUGAUCACUUGAUCAAGGCUCUUGACGAGACUUUUGAUACUCUUGGUCUUGAUCGUAUCAAGGAUUGGGAGAAGAAGGGCGGCCGUUGCGGUGUUGCUCAACCUGGCUAUGACCACAUCAAGCCCAUUUGGACCCCUAAGCAAUUGAAGCCUUAA